AUGAUCUGCCACCUCUUUGGCACGGCCUCUGGAUACAUCGACGGUAGCAGGGACUCGACGGGGGAAUUCUUCGAUAAUGGCGCUGUGCAUUGGAGCUUCAUGUGCAGGGCCAGGAGUGUAGAGAUUUCACUCAGGUUCGCGAUUGAACACUUGAAGGGAUCUGAAUUAACUAUCGUCGAAGCUUCGGUGGACGACCCAGUCGGAAAAAUCUAUCAUCUACUGCAAGAUUCCAAAAUGCUGGUCAAUCCAAAUGUCCCCCGGAGACGCGCCGGCGAAGACCGAUUGAACCAUCAACCGAUCAUCCACCUCGCUCGCUUAGCAAUACUCCCCUUACGGCUAUCAUAUAUAUUUUUCUAUAAAUUGUCCGUUUUUGAUACUGAUACUCACAAAUCCUUACCCUUAUUUACCCACAUGAAUUCUCUUGAACUCAAAGCUUUAUGCGAAUCGGCUGAAAACAUUUAUGCCAAUCACUCGAUAAUGCUAGCCCUAAUUAAAAAAGUUGAUGCGAGUUUUGGAAAUAGACCUAUUGAUAUCCAGUCCAUCACUCAAACAGCCAAAAAUAUUGCUUGUAAUUCUGAAGUUCCAUCCCAUUCUUUACUCCGCUAUCUGGUUCCCUUAGUCAACAAUCUCAAAGAUCGGAAUUACUACCAGGAUUGGUUUGUUACAUGGGACGCUCUAAUGAAAACAGCUAUUCAUAACUUAGUGCAAGCUGCCAAAAACCUUUAA